AUGUCCACGUGCAGGACGAGUCUCCAGAGAGCUGAUGUGCCAGUCUUCUUCUUCCCGUCUCCUGCUGAGGGCUUUUAUCGUUUCCCCACAGAGAUCAAGCAGCUUCUAAUGAGGCAGCUUAUAGAUGCCGCCAUAGAAAUUCAUGCCAAGGGAGUUUUUCACCGCGACCUGAAACCACGAAACAUUCUUGUGGAAACAGGGUCGUAUCUCCCACGUGUCCGGCUCAUUGAUUUCGGCUGUGGCGCCAGCUUCCAUAAAGGAUCCUAUGGCGAGGACCAAGGAACCUUCUUCUACACUCCACCUGAGUGGUUCAGGUGGAGCUGCUACAGUGCAGGUCCCACCACAGUGUGGCAGCUGGGGGUGGUGCUCCAUGAGAUGCUGGUCUCACAGCCCCCGUUUGACACCGAAAGUGAAAUUGUCCACAGCCGCCCUGACAGCAUUGAUGAGGUGUCCCAGGAGUGCCAGGACUUUUUGAGCCAGUGUCUGGCCAAGUCCCCUGAGUGCCGUCCCACCCUGGAGCAGCUGAGGCUCCACCUCUGGCUGCGUUGAUGCAGCCCUGCACUCCUGCACAGAGACAACUGUCCAGCAGACAGAGGGAGAGGAGCACCUUCUCACUUCCUUUAAAGCCAUGUGGAAAUGUCAUCAAACAUUUGCCUGAAUAUGUUCUUGACCUCAAUAGAAAUCUUUCUUUUACCACUCGGAGUAUGAUCAGUGCUUGAUCAUCCAUUAUUAGCUGUAGCUGUCUCUGAUUGAUAAACAUGGUCAAAAAUCCAUCUGAAGGGACCUGAGUACAGACUCUGAGCACAGGAAAUGGCUGAAUAUUUUGGCAGAAUGUGGAAAAUAUGUAAAGGAAGCAAGAGGGAAGUUUACUCAAUGUAAUAUUACACAUAUAUUUUACCAUACUCCAACAAGACUUUAUCCCCCUGACUCCUACUUUGUGUCUGUGAGGGGACAGAUCUCAAAUGCCAAAUAUAUCAAAAGGUGUGUUUUCUGUCUCUAUGGUUGGUUUGAUCACAGCUUACAGAAUUAUUUGACAUUGAACGAUAGCUAAAUCUUGAGAGACCGGGUAAAUGUAAUGAUUGAGACUGCACCCUCCAAAUCUAAGCUUAACCGGUUAAAAGACAACGAGGAAGAUGGCACUGGCUCUUGGGAUCUUUUUUGGACUCACAUAAACACUGAUGGUUAAAUGUCAACAAUCAGUACGAACCCUCAGUAAAUGUGAAACACUCCAUCUUUGACUGAAUUUCUUGCUUUCAUGAGUAUAACUUCUUAUUCAUUGUAUAUUUUACUUUUCCUUUGGUUUUGCCAUGUCUUAUGAUGUCAGGACCGUGAAGAGGUCAGGAGCUUUGUUGAUGCAAUGUAUCACUAGCCUCCCUGUUAUUA